AUGGAAGAGGAAUAAUAGUAAGAAUAAUUAAUAAAUUUGGGUUCUUUGUUUGGUAUUAAUUGAUAUUAUAUUAAUAAGUAUUCUAAAGAAUUAGAGAAACAUAAAGAAAUUAUGGACUAUAACAUGGAGAUUAUUAAAGAUACAGGACAUAUUGUUAUAAUAAAAUAAACAAAUNUUAUAAGGAGAGACUAUCAUAGCAUAUAGUCAUUAUGUAAGUAAAAUAUCUUUAAUAUUAACAACUUUAUUAUUAAUAACUUCUUUAUUAUUUUAUUUACUUAAAGAUGUGACUUUCAUAAGUGUAGAUUUUACUAAAUUUUAACAUAUUGAAUAUUAAUUGACUAUAUCUUUUAUUAUAUGUAUGAGUAAUAUCGCUUUGGGUAUAAUUUAUUACACAUAAACAGAUGGUUUAAAAGGUAUAGAUGGUUAGAACAGAGUAUUUCAUGAAUAUCAAAAAUAUAAUUGUUUUAUAGAUGAAGGAAUUACAAUUGUAUUUCUAAUAUCUAAUAUUUAUAGGCUGUUAAAGAAGUAAUAUUAUUUGCAGAGCAUUCAUACUUAAACACAGAGCCAUGGGUGAAGGGAUGUUUUUAUGGAAGUAUCUGUUUCAUUGUGAUUAUUGCUAUUUUAUUAUUUCUCCAGUAUAAGAGAAUCUAAUAAUUUUUUGUUAAACCUUGGAAAGUAGAAUUAAGUUGA